AUGCAGUUCAAGAUGAUGAUGGAUGCAAAGAAGCGAAUCUUCCUCGGCAAGAUCAAUGCCUUCCACACAGAGCCACAGGGUCGAAAAUCGUACAUCACAUCGGAGCCGGAGCAGCACCAGCUCAUCCAAGACAUCGAGUCAGCAAUCACUGAGCUCUUCUACCGACCGCCCAAACUCAACCUCCCCUACAUACAGUCUAUUAUCGACGCGAUCAUCUCCUAUGUAUCUCACAACACUGCCCGCUUCACAAAGAUCCUGGCCACAUGCCGCGAAGCCGAAUUUACCGAUUUCGACAGCAUGGCGUCAACAUACUACACAUGCACACUCGAGAAGUCCAGCGUACCCGAGAUGGCUCAGCGCGCUUCUCGAUCCCGGCAUCUUCCGCGCGUCAUGCAAAACCUGCACGCAAACAGCAAGACUUGGCCGCGGUAUGAGUCUCGUGGUAUUCACGAGGCCGCUACGGAGCAUGCGAAGUCAGUGUACGAGGAGGAGUUGCAAGAGGUCACGCGAGGCCUUGACGAGAGGAUGCAAAGCGGACAAUUUGUCAACUCUACACGAGCGCAGAAGGAAUCCUGGAGGGUCGGAAAAGGACCGGGCGAUGGCACAGCUGACAUCAUUGCCUGA